AUGGAAAAUCAAUACGAUGUAUCUUCUGUUUACGCCAUAUUCCCCUCGAAUACUUCCCCUAUACAAUCGAUAACCAAUUCCGAUACGAUAAUAUCAACGAAUUCUUGUACAGGAAGUUAUAUGUUACCUAGCCCAAAAUAUGGUGUUAAACAACUUAAUGCAUAUUUUCAGUUUCAAAACACUCAACCACCAUUAUUGAUACAGCAACCGGACGUCGCCGCGUCUCUGUAUUAUCCUACACAGCUAGUUGCUUCAGCACAACCCGUACCUUCAUCUGUAAAUAUCCCGAAACAUCAACUUUCUUCGUCAAUUUAUCCAAUAAACGGGUUCAAAAUUGAGUGUUCUGAUAAUCUUAAUGAUUCAAUGGCUGUCACACAAGAAGAUGCUAUCGAUUCCAAACUUCAUUUCGUAUCAACUACAAAUCCUUUUGAUAGUGGCUAUCCGCCGACGCCAACUACUCCUCGUAAUGAAAUUUUAUUACCAAUGACCCCUCCUCCAACUGAAAUAAACCCUGCUGUUUAUUAUUAUGAUCAAGGACAUCAUUUCCUUCAUAUCGUAAAACCUCCUGAUUAUAAUCAAGCAUUUAGCCAUUUUAUGCUUGCUGUGAAAUUUGGUUCAUCACGUGCAAAACAUCAAAUUGCUUACUGCUUGCAACACGGUAUUGGUACAACUAAAGAUGAAAAAAAGGCUGUUGAACUCUAUUUGGAAAAUGUCAAUUUAAACCCUCCAAAUGCUGCUAGUCUAUCACGCUGUCAAUGA